AUGCAAUAUUCAUUAUGUCUUAAUUCCAAGGUCUACAUGUCUGGCGGUAGCGGCUAUGUUUUAAGUCGUGAGUCUCUUCGUCGCUUUGUUGAAUCGGCUAUAGUUAAUAAUACCGGAUGUGAUGUUAUCAACGAUGCACAACCGGAAGAUUGGGCGAUGGGUCGUUGUUUGCGUGCCGUAAAUGUUACUGCCGGCGAUUCACGUGACACGCAUGGUGAAAUACGUUUUUACCCAUUUGAGGCGCAUGUAGUUUUACUGGCCACAUAUCUACAAGAUGAUUUUUGGUUCUUUGACUACAGUUUUUAUAAUCCGCGUGCGUGCAGAGAUUGUCUUUCAAAAUAUCCGGUAGCUUUUCAUUAUAUCAGCCCGGAACUUAUGUAUUUGUAUGAAUUUUUUGCUUACGAAUUUCGAGCCCACGAUCAGCCGGAUGAACCGGAAUUUGCUUUGCCUAAAAAACUAAGUCCUGAUGAGGUAUCAAUAAAGCAAUCUGAUAAUAUUUGGAGUAUUGUCAAAAAUUAA